UAUUUGCGGCUCCUGCGCUUUAAGGAAUUCCAUCCCGCGCGGGGCGCUGUAAUAAAUGAAUCAUUCCCUCUUUCUCUUACCCCCUCUCUCUCUCUCUCUCUCUCUCUCUCUCUCUCUCUCUCUCAGUCGCCCGCUCACUCGGAUUCGUAGGGAAGGCAAGUAUCCUCGCGAGCGAGCGAGCGAGCGAGCGAGCGAGCUGAGGACAGAGGUAGAGCGGCGAGAGAGGGGUCGAGCGGCCAGGUAAGAAAGCAGGCGAGCGAGUCUUCGGCGAAGGUGGGAACCGGGUGAAGUGGAGGUGAGCGCAAAGUGAGUUUUCGCUCGUGGCGCUCGCUCGCUCGUUCGGCAAUUCGUACGUUCGCUCGCUCGCUCGCUCGGCCGCCGCCGAGCUCAACAGAGGCGAGUAGAAGCGGAUCGGCCGGAGCGAACGUCGUCAGUCGCUUGCGCGGUUCCGUGGCGCCGCGCGGUGCUUGCAUUCUCGUUGCUGCUGUCGUCGUUGCUGCAGAGUGUGUUCUUUUGCCUGCCGAUCACGCGCCUCCGCGACAACGGCCGUCUCUUUUUCUCUCUCUCUCUCUCGCUCUUCGCGGUCGUGUAACGCAAACAUCCGGUCGGUCAUCGCGAAGAUGGCCGCGUGCUGAGCGAGAGGGUACUCCGACGACGAAGCGUCAUCUCCUCGGUCAGUGUCCAGCCGAAACUCGCCGUUCUCUCGCGAGGGUUUCGUCCCCGACGAUGACGUCGGCACGUGGACGCCUCGGAUAGGAGCCCCGGCUGCGCAGGAGUGCCGCCCGCCGUCGACGAAGCGGCAAGCGAGCCAGAUCGGCCGCGGCGCGGAGCGAGUGGACGCCCAUGCCGGGCGACGGCAGGAGGACUCAGCAGGAGGGCUUCAGGAGCGCGAGAGGAAAAAGCAGCGGCGGUGGAAAAGGCGGAAGCGCGUGCUGAGGGACGUCGUCCUUUCUUUCCGAGACUGCCUGGCUCUUAUCGUGGAGGAACGCGCCCGCGGAAGAAGGAUGUCGAUGCGACGAGCGGUUCGACCGACGCUCGCGUCGUCCUUCGCGCUGCUGCUGCUGCUGUUGCUGACGACGCUGUCCUGGAGAACGACGCGCGCUCAUGUGGCGCUCACGUUCCCGCGGGCGAGGCAGUACGACCUGGACUUCCUGGACAACGCCAGGACUCCGCCGCCGUGCGGCAUGCCCCGAGGCAGCGUCAAGACGUCCUUACUGGCAGGAAGCAAUUUCAACGUCACGUGGCACCUCGCCUACCCCCACAGGGGGGGCUUUCGGCUUCAAAUCUUGGACGCGCUCGACAGGCCUCUGAUCGAUCUGACACCCGUCACGCGGAACAGCGAAUUUGUCGAAGAUGACGCUACCGCGCAGAGGUACGCCGUGCAGCUGCCGCAGGAUUUCACCUGCACCGACUGCACCAUUAGACUGCUGCGCGAGGCCGAGGAAUGGGGCUCCAGCUACAGAUUUUGGUCCUGCGCGGACAUCGACAUCGUCGACAGGAAGGCCUACCACGAGGACUGCAGCGGUCACGGGCGUUACCUGCUGAGCAGGUGCCGAUGCGACCGCCUCUAUCACGGCACGAGGUGCGAAUUUAAGGAGGAGUGCCUGGACGACUCGGACUGUGGUAUUCAGGGCACGUGCGUCGACAACGGCGGCACGACCGCGCCUACCAAGCAGUGCUACUGCAACACCGGUUGGUUCGGCCCGGGUUGCGCGAAGAGAUCACCGGUGAAGAGCAUCGACGUCGACCUGGACGCGUACACGAUGAAACGCUUCUCCGACGACGUCAUAUUCUACUGGAGGAUCCUGAAAGAAAGCAAGGAGUUAGAGGGUAUCCUCGUGGCUAACUCGACUACGUGGGUCGCGAUCGGAUGGAGGCCCAGUGACCUGGGCCCAACCUGCCGAUCUUUCCCGAAGAUCGAGGACCGGCCGAAGGACGAGCCGCUGCCACAACCGGAACCGAAACUCGAGCCAGUGGCUGAGCCGAGGUCGACGUCCAGUCCGGAAGCGGAGCCCCACGCGGAACCGAAACCGGAACCAGGAGCUGAGCCUGGCUUGGAAGCCGAGAAAUCGGGAGCGAAGAGGAGAUCGGCCAAAGCGGACACCGCGGCGUUCGGUUUAACGUCGCGGCCGGACGUCGACGUCACCGUGCAGACUAGCGUAACUUAUCAAGUCAGCACGAAGCAAGGUCGCCGACGAAGAUCUCCGGAACCGACCCCGAUCUCCGCGAACGGGAAACCGGUCGUCGAGUCCAGCAUUCUCGUCGAGCAAGAACCGAAAUCCGAGCCAGAGCCGACUUCUGAGCCAGAACCGAGCUCCGAGCCAGAGCCGAGCUCGGAGCCAGAACCGAGCUCUGAGCCGGAGCCAAUAUCUGAGCCAGAACCAAGCUCGGAACCGGAACCGAGCUCUGAGCCGGAGCCAAUAUCUAAGCCAGAACCAAAGUCCGAGCCAGAACCGAGCUCCGAGCCAGAGCCAAGCUCCGAGCCAGAGCCAAGCUCCGAGCCAGAGCCAAGCUCCGAGCCAGAGCCAAGCUCCGAGCCAGAGCCAAGCUCCGAGCCAGAGCCAAGCUCCGAGCCAGAGCCAAGCUCCGAGCCAGAGCCGAGCUCGAGACCGGAACCGAGCUCUGAGCCGGAGCCAAAAUCCGAGCCGGAACCUACCUCCGAACCAGAACCGAAAUCCGAGCCCGAACCCAGCUCUGAACCGGAGCCAAAAUCCGAGCCAGAGCCCAGCUCUGAACCAGAACCAAAGUCCGAGCCAGAACCUAGUUCUAAGCCGGAGCCGAAAUCCGAACCGGAAGCCAGCUCGGAGCCGGAGCCAAGCGUAGGUCCGAAGUCGGGAGCGACGAAAGCAUCGCUACCAGCGCCGGGGCACCGCUACACGCCGAAGCACGACUUCAACCCCAUGGACUGCACGGACAUCAUCAUCGGGAUGGCGCGGGGGACGAAUUACAGGAUCGGCGAUUACUACACGAGGGACAGGUCGACGCCUCGUAAGGACGAGUACUGGGGCGGCAGGGACAGCCUGACGGCCGCGCUCGGCUACGAGCGCGACGGCGUGACGACGGUGGUCUUCCGCAGGAAAUUGGCCGCGAGCGAGCCGACCGAUCACGAGAUCCGCGACGGCAACAUGCAGGUGAUUUGGGCGAAAGGUCAAGAGCCCGGCAAGUACGUGCACCAGCCAGCCAGCGGGCUCGAAAAGGCCAAGGUCGGCGUCAAAGACUUCUACAAGGUCGACGAGCUUAAAUACCACGGGCAUGGAAUGCAGCGAGGCGCAGCGACGAUGAAUUUCUUCGACGAAGCCAAAAAGCCAGAAUUCGCCGGAGGUGUAACGCUGGAAGACGGCAGCUGCGGCGGCCAAUGGCGUUAUCCAAGAAAUUGCUCGCCGGAGAAUGGCACUUGCGAAUAUGCCAUACAAUGGACGUACAAGGGUAGAAAGGAUCUCAUAACGUUCGUUAUUUCCACGACGAAUACCAACGCAUGGACCGGAGUUGGAUUUGCCAACGACGGCAGCAUGUCGCAAACCGAUGCGGUGCUCGGCUGGGUCGACAAGAGCAACGGCCGAGCCUUUGUGAUGGACACUUGGAUCAGCGGCUACAAUGCGCCAUUGUUGGAUCCUUCGCAGGACGUCUACAACAUCAGCGGCCGUAUCGAGAACGGCGUGACCACUCUCAGGUUCUCGAGGAAGCGCGUGACGAAGGACAGCAGGGACCUCUCGUUCACGGACGAUCACUGCUUGUACAUGAUGUUCCCGGUUAAAGGCGGCAUAUUCAAUCCGAUCAAUAAGAAGAUCCGAAAGCACGACGCGAAACCGGUUGUCUCGUCGGAUAGGAUAUGUAUCAAGUCCUGCGGCUUGGAAGAGAUCGAAGAGCAGACUACGCCCGCGCCUCCGAGAUUGCAUUACGAUAUCGAAGUCAAGCUCGUCAAUCUGGGCGACGGAUUUACGGCACCCACGUCGGGCAGUCCGGACUUCGAGGUGAUCUCGAACACGAUAUCGGAGAGCUUCGGACCGGUCUUCGAGAAGCUCCCGGGCUACUAUCAAGUCCGACUCAACGAGCUACGAAGGGACAACGAGCAAGGAGUGAUAGCGCGCAUGAAUCUGAUCCUCGACAAGAACGAGGCCAAGGGGAGGUCCUUGAAAUCGCCGGCGGACUCCGGCGUGGAAGCGGAGAAGGCGCUACGCGAGGCGAUCGUGACCGGCAAGGUCGGAGCACUCAGCGUUGACCCGCAGUACUUGCUCGUCAGGGCACCCCGAGUGAACGAGAUCGAUAUGGACGACGAGUACGACUUACCGUCUUCCUCGUCGGACCUGUUCCUGGGCGCAACGAAGCUCUACAUCGUGGUCGGUUGCGUGGCAGCGUUGCUGGCUCUCGCACUGCUUCAGGCUAGCUGCACCCUCUAUCGCAGCUCCAAGAGACGAGCGACCAAGGAGCGUUUGAUCGCCAACAACGCCUGGAAGGACUACGCGUCCAGCGCGAACACAAACUUCGCAUUCGAGGCGUUUGAGACGGAGGAGAAAGCGCCGCUGCCGCCGGUCUCCAGUCUGCCGCGACCUCGCGAGCUGGCUGGCAACGGUACGACCAGCAUGAACGGCACCGACACCGUCGAAGGGCCCACCAGGAUGGUCGGCCCCAGGGCGACCUACAGCCUGCCUCGCGCGCCCGGCGCCAGGCACUCGGCGCCCAUCCAGCCCGGUUACUACACUCAAGAUCGCCGUGAGCAUUACCAGCGCGCCAAGAGCCUGCACAAUCCUGCGGGCGCCGCGGCACAGGCGAACCAACCGGACUUCUACUUCAUGCCGAGCCAGCGGAAGUACAGCGGCGAGGUCGUGCGCGUUUACGUGGACUACGGCAGCCAGACGCCGAAGUAGACCGGCCCCGAAGAGCGUCGAUCCGGCGAGUCCUUCCUCUCGAUGGAAUCGUGAGAAAGAAAGAAAGAGAGAAAAUGAGAAACGGUUCAUCUGUACAUACGACUUGUUAUUAGCGACAGAGGACGCGAGCGGAAAGGAAGUCGCAGACUCCCUGCGGUGCUAUUAUCUGUAUUUCUUUCCCAUUCUCCCGCGUGACUUUUCUUUUUCUCUCUCUCUCUUUCUCUCUCUCUCUCUCUCUCUCUCUCUGUCUCUCGCGGCGAAGAGCCGCUCGGUCGAUUCGGCGAGCGUGAGACAUCGAGAGGGAAGUCCCUGUACGGAAGCGUACGAGUGGCGCUUACGACCAAAGAAGUAAUCCAUAGGACGCGCGCGGUUCUGUAGAGAGUGCGCGAACUCAAGCCCGUCGGGAACUUUUCGUGCUUUUGGAGUGGUGGAACUCGUGUAACUAUGUAUAACGUCGCCAUGACGCUCCGGGAAGAUCCUCGAGUCCGAAGGUGUAUUUCACGACUUGGAUAGCCGUGGAUGUUCGAGGGUAUUCUACGACAGGCCCAGGGUUUCAGCAUCGAAUGUCGACGAGCCCUGAAGGCAUUGAGAAUACGGCUAGGGGCGGGGGAGGGGGGAAGGGCGCUCGAGGACCUUGGAGAAAACGCAAGGACGCGGCGAUCCCGGAGAUUCGAGAGCUAUCCGAAGAGACAGGAAGAUUCGCGUUAACUUAGUAGACUCACGUCGCUCGACGAACACGCGCAUCUAUCGAAUCUGCCGACACGCCCGACACAAGUGCGUCUACUUAAAAGCAAGCAUGGACGUUUGAGCAAUAAAACAUUUGUACAUUUUUAAACAGA